GUUGUCAGACUUGCUGAUGGCCUAGUCGCGAAAUACGGAACGGGGGUACGGAGGGAGGAGGCAAACAACCAAACGUUCGCAUACUAUAACGUCGAUGAGUCCAUACUCCGUGUUCCACGGGUAUUCCGCUUUUUUGAGGAUACGUCCCAGGGCUCAAGAGUGGGGUAUCUUAUUAUGGAAUACAUUGCGGGCAGACGUUUGGACUCAAUAGACCUGGACUGCAAUCCCCAAGUCAUGCUGGAUGUUGCAAAGGCAGUAUUGCAUCUCACGACAUUACCAGUCCCACGAAACCAACCUCCCGGACCCGUUGGGGGUGGGGUGGCAUACGGCUAUCUCUGGUCAGACGAGGGAGCUCAAGCACCUUUUGAUUCGGUCGAAGACAUGCAAGAAUGGAUGAACAAGAGAUUGGCUGUAGUAAGCAGGGAGCGACUGAACAUUAAGCCAUAUAAGCUUGUCAUGUGUCAUAUGGAUCUUGUCCGUCGAAACACUGUCCUCUUGGCAGACACCUCGAUCUGCUUCCUCGAUUGGGCCUAUGCCGGAUUCUUCCCCCAGGUUUUUGAGAUUUGUUAUAUU